GAGUCAACUAUAGGCCUAAUGAUCUAAUCCAACCACGAAUAUCUCGUUUGUAAUCAAUAUUAUUAUUGUCAUCAAAUUAAAGUUGGUAGGGGCGGAGAAUCUCACUGUCUCUUUGAUACAAUCUCCUCGUCUGCACCAGAAGAUCAUUCUGUAAAGAAGAUGAGUAGUAGCGUGGUGGAGACGACGAGAGCAGAGCUGGGGCUGGUGGUAGUGUAUUUGAACAAAGCGGAGGCGAGGGACAAGAUAUGCAGAGCUAUACAGUACGGAUCCAAGUUCUUGAGUGAUGGACAGCCUGGCACUGCUCAGAAUGUGGACAAGUCAACCAGCUUGGCCCGUAAAGUCUUCCGUCUCUUCAAGUUUGUGAAUGACCUUCAUGCCCUCAUUAGCCCUCUUCCCAAAGGCACCCCACUCCCUCUUGCUCUCCUCGGAAAGUCCAAGAACGCAUUGCUCUCUACCUUCUUGUUCCUUGAUCAAAUUGUGUGGCUUGGCAGGACUGGCAUUUACAAGAACAAAGAACGAGCUGAGCUUCUUGGACGUAUAUCCCUCUUCUGUUGGAUGGGUUCUUCGGCUUGCACAUCCUUAUUCGAGAUUGGGGAGCUUGGUAGGCUCUCAGCUUCAAUUAAGAAGCUCGAAAAAGAGAUUGGCAACAAGGAUAAACACCAAAAUGAGCAAUACCGCGCGAAACUGCAGAGAUCAAACGAGAGGUCAUUGGCCCUGAUCAAAGCAGGAAUGGAUUUUGUUGUUGCUUUCGGUUUGCUUCAACUGGCUCCCAAGAAAGUCACUCCCCGUGUCACUGGCGCUUUUGGUUUCGCCUCCUCUCUUAUCUCUUGUUAUCAGUUACUGCCAUCGCAUCCCAAGUCCAAGACGGUUUAGGAAAGAAGGAAAAGAUGAAGUAGAGAGUCGUAGUUUCUUCAUGUUCCAUAGUGUGUUCUUCUGCAUUAACUUACUUUUGUGUUUGAUUUGUCUUUAAUACUUGAUUUUGUUAUAAAACGUUUCAGUCUGUUUGGAGAAUAAAAUGAUAAAACGUUUCAGUA